GUCCAGAUGACAAGCAGAGGGGGGCAGUAAUGUAUCUAAUACGCUGAAUGCUAAAGCGAAGCGCCGUUAAAACCCAAAAGAAGAAGAAAAAAGGUCCCGCCCAUCACGACGCUUGAAAACGACGUCAAGAAAGUAAACAACAGCAUGUCGCACAGACAGACUCAAUCAAGAGAAAUGAACGGUCGAGCGGACGUUGAAGUUGACUACAAGCGGAAAUACAAAACUCUCAAACGAAAAUUAAAAUUUCUUGUUUACGAACAGGAAUGCUUUCAGGAGGAGCUGAGGAGAGCACAGAGAAAACUUCUCAAAGUUUCCAGGGACAAAAGCUUCCUUCUGGACAGACUGCUGCAGUAUGAGAGGGUAGAUGAAGACUCCUCAGAUUCAGAUGCAACAGUUUCUUCAGAAAAUAGUGAAGGAGAAGGCCCCAGGGAGAGGGAAAGAGAACGAGAUGGAGCAAAGAAGCGAAGAAGUAGUCCUGGGGCAUGUCUUCCUUCAUCAUCCUCCCCUCAUCUCUCCCUGCUGUCCCGUCCUGGUGUAAAUGCCCUACAGCCAUCAAGCUCUGGACCCUACCUCAACACCAUGCCCUUCCCACCAGAGUAUUUGGCUCCCCCAGCUGAACGAAUGAAGAAAGAGAGAAAAACAAAGACGCCUAAAAACAAGAGAGAGACUACAGGGAAGGUUGUUGCCCCAAUGGCAGCUAAUUACCCGUCAGCCCCUGCGGCCCCUCCAGCAGCCAGUGGCCCCUUCAGCUGGGUUCCCAGACAGAUGCUUAGCGGAGAUGCAGCUGAGGAGGAGGGAGAGAGCGAUGGUGACAGCGACAGAGGAGAUGAAGACAGAGGGGAGGGAGAUGAGGCUGAACUGGUCAUUGACAUCCCUAAUGAGUGAGCCUGAAUGUGUGUUUUAGGUGUGUGUGUGUGUGUGUGUGUGUGUGUGUGUGUGUGUGUGUGUGUGUGUGUGUGUGUGUGUGUGUGUGUGUGUGUGUGUGUGUGUGUGUGUGUGUGUGUGUGUGUGUGUGUGUGUGUGUGUGUGUGUGUGUGUGUGUGUGUGUGUGUGUGUGUGUGUGUGUGUGUGUGUGUGUUUUCUGUAUUCAGUAGCCCAUUACACAUUGUCAAUUAAAUGGAGUGCCAAGCUCCCCCCUGUGGACUUUUGCUUAAUUGCAGUAUCACUGCACUGUCAAAACUAUCUCCCAGAUAAAUCUGGUUUUCCAAUAUUAUGCUAAAAAUAAAUCUGUUAUAAUAUUACAGUCACUGCUACUGGGAUUAUUACUUUUAAAACAGUUUUGAGCUGCCUGCUGAUUAUUGUCGACAAACUGUGACUACAACUCGGUAUGUCCUGCACAAAGAGAGCUUUUGUCUGUUAUUUGUUUUACAUUGUCCAAACACCAUCGCAGACUUGGUAUUAUAUAAAUACUGCAGUCCAUUAAAGCUGUUUAAGUACAAUACAGAUGUUUCAAAUGUUACGUCUUUAUUGCUUUUUACCGGAAGUUUUUUAAUUUGUACUUCUAUGUUAAUGUUUUUUCAAACAAAUUGUUAAAAAUCAAAGCUACUUCAUGUUAAAUGAGAUUUAUUAUUAUCGCACCUAUCAAAUUGUGUGUGUCAGAGAAUAAAUCAUCAAUCAUUUCAGAUGACUUCAGAGACUAAAAGUUUUUGUUUAACAUUAAA